UCUUCAUCUCUCGCUCAACACGAAGCAACUCAAGUACAUUUGGCGAAACAACUUCCGCCAUUAAUUACUGCCUGACCUCCCUCUGCUCCGCCGCAACCGACUAAUCCACCAUGAACACCAAUUCCAAUCACAAAUCCAGCAGGCGCCGCCACAAACACACCGCCGACGAUGACGAUGAUGAAGGGGACCCUGAAGUCUGGUCAACUUUCAAUUCAACUUUCCGGCAAGUUCAGUCAGUUCUCGAUAGGAACAGAAAUUUGAUCCAACAAGUGAACGAAAAUCAUCAGUCCAGAAUCCCCGACAACAUGGUAAAAAACGUUGCCUUGAUUCAGGAACUUAACGGUAACAUCUCCAAGGUUGUCUCUCUUUACUCCGAUUUGAACUCCAAUUUCACUACUAAUUAUCAGCAGCGCAACGGCAGUGGCUCCGGCAACAGUAACAGUAGUGGAAGGUCGUAAUUUUAAUGUGUUGGGUGUGUUUUCUUCCUUUUCAAUUAAGGAAUUUAUGGGGUUAUUGUUCGCAAUUUGGAAUAAACAAAUGAAUAAAUAAAUAGUGUGAUAUUUUAAAA